AUGGGCUCAGACGACGAGCGCCGCGACCGCCGCUCUCGGCGCAGCCACGAUGACGACCAAGACACAAGGCCGCGCAGGGACGCCGCAGACCGCGAUAGCCACCGGCGCAGACGAAGCAAAGACCGAGACCACGGGCGCGACCGCGGCUCCGACAGACACAGAGACAGGCGGAGGUCGCGUUCACGGGACGGCCGCGAGAGACGCCGCUCACGUACCCCGGACUCCUCGUCGCGGAAACGCUCCCGCUCGCGAGACCGAGACCGAGACCGAGACGGCGACGGCGACGGAGACAGACACAGACACAGACAAAGAGAUAGAGACCGGCGUAGGCGACGAUCCCCCAGCGCCAGCGGCGGGAAGGAACUCGCCCGCCGCCGUCACCAUCGCCGUCGCGGCUCCGACCCCGGUUCCGACCCGGAACAUGAAGCCCCCCGACGCAAGCGGCCGGCGCCCGCUCCCACCGCCGGCCCCCUCCUUCGCGCGGGCCCGCUCCCCGACCAGGACGCCUCCUUCGCGGUGUCCAAGGGCGAGGAGCCCGAGAAGCCCAAGGAGAAGCCGAACCUCCGCACGACGGGCCUCCUCGCGGCGGCCUCCAACUCGGUGCAGCAGGCCGACGGCACCUCCAUCGUGCUCAAGUACCACGAGCCCGCCGAGGCGCGCAAGCCGGCCGCCAAGGACCAGUGGCGGCUCUUCGUCUUCAAGGGCGCCGACAUUGUGGACACGGUGGACCUGAGCGCGCGCAGCUGCUGGCUCGUCGGACGCGAGGCGGCCGUCGUGGACCUGGCGGCCGAGCACCCGAGCAUCAGCAAGCAGCACGCCGUGAUCCAGUUCCGCCACGUCGAGAAGAGGAACGAGUUCGGCGACCGGAUCGGCAAGGUGAAGCCGUACCUCAUCGACCUGGAGAGCGCCAACGGGACGGUGCUGAACGGGGACAAGAUCGCCGACAGCCGGUACUACGAGUUGAGGGACAAGGACAUGAUCAAGCUAGGGCACAGCACGCGAGAGUACGUGCUCAUGCUGGCGCCAAAGGCAUGA